AUGGAAGAUGCUCAAUUUGCUCGCGAUAUCGCUUCGGGAGUCUGCAUCAUCGACAUCCCGCCCGCUCAGGCCCCUAUCCCUGGAGGUCUCGAGUCACCGGCCACUUCUGUCGCUACUAGCGAAGAGACCAAAGUUCCUCAGGAGCCCAUUGUUGACGCCGGCGGCAGUGACAGCAGCAUCCCAGAUGGUGGUUUGCGAGCUUGGCUUGUCGUCGUCGGCGGGUUCUUGGACUUUGCUAUUGCUUUUGGACUUGUAAACUCUUUUGGCACUUUUCAGGCUCGCUACGAAACUCGAUGGACUUGGCUUUCUACAUCCACUAUCACUUGGAUUGGCAGCGUUCAGCUCUUCAUUCUCUUCCUCGGUGGCGCCGUCGUUGGCCCCAUCUACGACAAAUACGGUUCUCGAGCCCUCAUGUUUUCCGGCACCGCAGUAUGCCUCCUCUCUUUCAUUUGCUCUAGCUUUGCUACUCACUACUAUCAAUAUCUCUUGUCCCAAGGCAUCCUUCUCGGCAUUGGCAAUGCUUUGCUCUUCUAUCCUGCAACCGGAGCCAUCUCAGAAUGGUUCAACCACAAACGAGGCCUCGCCCUUGGCAUCGCCCUCUCAGGCUCCUCCGUCGGCGGCAUCUUCUGGCCCCUCAUCAUCAACAAGCUCUUCACCGUCCUAGACGCCUCCUGGGUCCACCGAAUUAUUGCUCUCAUCUCUAUUCCCAUCCUCCUAAUCGCCUGCUUCCUAGUCAAGGAGCGAAACGACACCGAGGACUGCCAGAUCAAGUCUUCCCAGAGGAGCAUUCGCAGCGCCGUCUUCGAGUGGCGCUUCUUCUGGCUCUGCCUAUCCCUCUUCUUCAUCUACGGCGGCAUGCUCAUUCCCUUCUACUUCAUUCCUCUGUUUGCCAUUCAGCACGGCGUGGGGUCCACCAUGGCCAACAGUCUCCUCGCGAUUGGAUACGCGGGUUCCUUCGUCGGCCGUGUGGGGAGCGGCUGGAUCGCGGACCGCCUCGGCCGAUUUAAUGUAUUAUUUGUAAUGGGUGUCUUGACCGCCGGUAUUACCUUCUGCUGGGUCGCCAUGACGACUCUUAGCUCGAUGAUUGCCUUCACCCUUCUAUUCGGACUCUUCUCCGGAGGCCUCAUCCCUCUAGGAUCUGCCUGCGUGGCGCAAACCACUCCGGAUAUGGGUCACAUCGGCCUGCGUAUCGGCUUCAUGAUGGCUUUUGCUUCUUUCAGCGCCUUAUCCGGCGGACCUGCAAGCGGUGCUAUAAAGGACGCAACCACCAGCUGGUUCUCCGUCCAAUCCUUCUCUGCAUCACUUAUUCUUUUCGGAGCAAUGAUGAUCUUUGGACUGCGUCUUUGGUUGCAGCCUCUUCGUGAAGGGAGCGUGUUCUGA